CUCUUUCUAGGGCAGAAAUGCAGCAGAGCUUGAUCUGACUUGUCCUCCCUCCAUGCUGGAAGUGUUUUGCUUCUCUUCGGGACUUGUUUGGGUGCUGUGGCCGAUUUUCCUCCCGCUGUGAUAUGGCCGUUUCUGUGUCUCUACAGUGUCUGGGACUCAUCAUACUCGCUGCAGUCCUCCUUCAGACUAUUGCAGUCGCCGUCAGUUUUAUGUACUUUAACAAAGUCCUGAACACGGUAAGAUAUACGUUUGUCUUCUCUUAGAUCUAACACAUGGAGAUGACAUGAAACUGGCUGCAGGGACACUGAAGUAAGAGAGGUUUUGGUCUGUUUUUAAUGAUUUUAAGGGAACUUGAUGAUUAUCUAUCGUCCAAUUUACAGGAAUACUUUUGCACUGACAUACUUCUCUACCAGAAAACUUAAGAAUAAAGGAAUAGACCACUAAAAACUGCUUACCUUGGACUGAAUACUGCAGGAGAAAAGUGUACUCAGGAAGCAGGUUUGACAUGUUAUAAAUUAUGAAUCAACUGAACAAGUUUAUAUGAGGUAAGUGUCCCACUUAUGCAAGAAUUUCUGCCAUUCUUACGCUGAACAAUGAAAGAGAAGAAAGUUGGCAGAGUAGAUAACACCAAACAAUGGCAGGAAAUGAGGCUAGAUGGGGACUCUGGGCUUUGACACCCUAAAUGCGAUAUAUUGCAGAUUUCAGCAGACACUUGGACAGGCCAAAAGUUUCAUCUAAACGUGCCGAUAGCUGGAGCUGAGCUGUGAUUGGCUGAGCCACAGCACAGAACGCCCACUUUACUUAAGCACACCUGGGGGUUAAUUGGAUGUAGGCUGACUGAUGGGCUGUCAUCACCACCAACACAGGACAGUUUUUAAGUGACCAAAUAUAGGUUUUAUUAUUAAUCAAUCAAGCCUUUAAUAUUUUAAAUGUAUUUUGGUGCAGGAGCCACAAACCAGAAGACAUGUGAAACAGGCCUAACUUACCCCUAACCCCUAUAUAGGUGACUAAAGGGGUUAGCACCAUUUUGAGGGGUGUCCGAAACCUGAAUAAUCAAUUCCAGUGCCCUAUAUAGGCGACUCAAAAUUUCCCAUACAGCAUUGCAAGAUGUAGUGACCAUCUGAUGGUCAAUCACUGGUGGUGGGCAUCCCAUCAUGCAUUGCGUCUUGCCAUGUAGUGUCUGAAACCUCCGGUAAUUGAACUCAUUACAUAGUCAGCUAUAUAGUGAAAUCCCAUAUGGGGGUUAGGGGUUAGGGGUUGAGUGAUUCAUUUCGGACACAGCCUUAGUGUUGUGUCGGUUACGAACGAUUAAUUCAAAAGAACCAAAUCUUAUAAGUGAACGCACUGAACCGAAUCACUUCCUCGAGUGAUUCGUUUGUUUCUCACCUCAGUUGAGCUGAAGUGAGAAACAGCAUUGCCAGUUGAGCAGCCGGCGAACAAAGGACCUCAUGCACCAAUGCCUGAAUCACUUGGUGAACAAAUCACGCAUUGAACUGCACUCUUUGGAAUAAUUUUUGUCUGACAAAACAUUCUUUUUUACUACUAAAUUGCCACCAGAACAACUUGCACACAAUAGGACACAGCAUGUAACAAGUAACAAGUCCUAUCACUGCAGCGGUUUGCGAGGGAGCGGUACAUUCUUCUGAACGUUUAGUGAACGAAUCACUCAGUGAGCCCAAUUUACCGAGCAGACCUGAUAAAUGGCAUACCAUAGGACAGUACACUCAAAACAUCAUGACUUAUUAAAAAGUUCAUUUUUACAAACCUGUUUGCCAAAGCAACACAGCCAAACACUUUUGUCGCGCUAAAUGAUUCAGUGAUUUGGUGAACGAAUCUUUUGAAUGAAUCUUUUUAGUCAACUGAUUUUAGUGAUUCAGUACAUCUAAAAGAACUGCCGUGCCCAUCACUUGUCUAACUGUUGAAGUAAUAAUCAAUAAUCAGGUUUUUUUAGACUUUUAAGAGCUAACAUGAUCAGUAUGCAACUGUUUAGGUUGAAUUUUAUCGUCAGAAUUGGGCUUUACAAAUUGGGUCAGCAAAUCAAUUCGAAGUGUCCACUGUUUUUGCAGGGAUUUGCAAAUUCAUAUCUUCCUUUAUGGCUUGGUUUAUGACGCAGUUUCCUCGUUUCCAGAAUUUUAAUGGUAUUUUCAUAACCUCAUAAAUAUAAAUCAGUAAAUCAUCAACAUUUUAAUCCAUAUCCAAAAUUGUUGGUUUCAAAACUUAUGCGGGACAAAUUUGUUUUCCGUCUUUUUUUAUCAGAUGCAGGAGAGUUUUUCCAGAAGCAGUGUUUCUUGUCUGAUUAAUGCGAAUCUGCGACCUGGGUUAGAAAAUUCUGCAGAGGACAAGAAGAGCGACCCCUGCUGGCAAGUCACACAACAGCUCCACUACCACAUAGAGAAGGUUUUUGGAUUUUCUUUCUUAACCUACUUUAAAAUUUCUAAAUGUGUAAGAAAAAGACGCUUUUCCCCUAUUGUCCCCUACCUCAGUCUGCUUUAGCUGUCAGUCCUCAGUUUACAUCUUGCAUUAUCAACUGCAACACUACUACCAAUCAGAGCGAGAUAGACGUAAUAAAGAGUAAGCUGUUCAGCUAAGUUUUAAUGUCCAUUUCACACAGAUCUUUGGCAUUACAUUAUCAAGUAGCCAACACUGUUGUAAUGUCCAGUCGGAUAAAUACUGACAUGAUCCCAGAUUCAGAACUGCCCUCAUCAUCAGCAGCAGAUAUCUUUAUUGUUUACCAAAGAUCCCCCGAUAACGGUUAAAGCAGCUCCAUAUUUGACUCACCCAAAGGGAAAUUCUGCUCUUUCAGGUCAGCAGAUGACAUAUUUGUUUACCCAGAGGAGGGGCUGUAUGACUCAGGGGGUGAUGAGGUCCCUGGUGAAUUACCAAACGUUAAAAAUAUGGAUCUAAAGAUAGCUAAAAGGCUUUACUGAUGAUGACAUGUUACUUUACUUCACUGACCUGCCUGUUUUCUUCUCUGUCACUCUGUUAUCUUUUUAGAUGAUGGCUGACCGUUUCCAGAGGGAGAUGAGAGGUCAGGACAAUGCCUUUUCUUGAUGUUCACAUUAUUACGACUGAGUGUAUCUCUUUCCCGAUAAAACUGUCUGCUUGGUUCUUGUGCAUUUUUGUAGAAAAACUAACAGGAGUGAUGCCUAUCAUGAGUCCUGGGGUCCCACUUCCUAAAGUUGCUGCCCAUGUGACUGGUGUUACUUCAUCCACAGGACACACAACAGCAGAUGGUGUGUAUCCUACACCACACUAAGACAAUAAAGAGUCAUUUACACUUUAAAUGUUAGUUGGAAUCCAUUCUGAAACACUACAUGGUGGCAUAUUCGCUAUUCUCACACACCUGCGAGUGCUGUCUUGCUUCAGUUGUACUUCUCCGGGGUCAGAGGUGAGGAAUGUGCUUCAAGGCUUCCCAGGCUGCGCUGAGAAACAUCUUCAUCCUGACAUGUUUGUCAGGACCUGCACAUGUGCAGCUGCUCGAUCACAGUGUCCUAUAUCCGUCUUUUCAUCUCUUUAUUCGCAGGCAUGUCCAAACUAUUCUACAAAGGGCCGUGUGGCUUCUUCCAACCGAGCAGCAGCACACCAGACUUGAUUCAUUUCAUCAGCUGAUCUCAGUCUCCGGACAGCUGAUUGGUCAGACUGCGUGCUCUUGAUUGGUUGGAAGAAAAACCUGCAGCCACACGGCUCUUUGUGGAAUAGUUUGGACAUUCCUGAUUAAACUUUAUCGUCUCACUUACUCUUUGUCUUUAGAACAUUGCAGACAUAUGUUCUUGAAUUUAAAGUUUAUAGUGGCUCAUUUUGGCGCUGUGGGCAGGUGCUGCAGGAAAAGGAAAUCUGUACUUCCAUGAAUAUUCUCAGCUGAUUUAAGUUACGGGUUAAGAAUGAACCAUUAAAUUUUUCAGCUGCACUUGAUUUUAGGAUCUUUGUUGUGAAGUAGUUUCCUUUCCCUGCUUGAGUGACAUCUGUCUCUGUUUCUGCACCACAUAACUGCCCCCUCCCCGUCUGAGCUGGCCUUGAGGAGCCCCACAGAUAACACAGUCAAAGCUCAACUCUCACCUUUACAGCUCUCUGAUGGUGUUUUACCUCUUCACCUUUAGAUCUUUUAAAGUUAUAAAACAUGUGGAUUGUAAAACCCUGAAAGUUUCUUGGCCCAAACACUUCUAAGGAUAUUUUAUUCCACAUCUGUGUUCACAUUUGCUUCUUAUUUGAAGAAUGGGUCUGUUUAAACUCACUCAUCACAUCGCUCUGUAAUCUUAAAGGGUUUUGCCCCAUGAAGAAAAGCCUUAAUUGUACCGGGUUUGUUUAUUAAUUCCAGCUUGUUUAUUUGCUUUAUGAUCUGUUGCAGGCUUGAGGAGCAGCAAGGGGUAUUUGGGGGAGCGAGUCAGAGCGUGGGAGGGCGAGAGAGGUCUGUCCUUCCUGCAGAACAUGGAGCUGAGAGAAGGAGAGCUGCUGGUGCCCCGAGCUGGCCUCUACUACAUCUACGCUCAGACCUACUUCAGACUGCCCUCCACGGAGGAGGCUGACGGGGAGGCAAAGGGGGAGACAGGGGAGGAGGAAGGGGCGGACCUUGUUCAGUACAUCUACAAGAAGGUUAGAGAAAACAAAGUUCAGCUGAGGUAAUGAUCAUCUGUUGUAAUGCACAGUGCAGCGUUUUAAUCUAUGUUGCGUAUUUGUCUACAGAUGAGUUCUUACACGGUACCCAUCCUGCUCAUGAAGUCAUCCCGCAGUGCCUGCUGGCCUCGAGGUCCAGAACCCGGUCUCUUCUCCUUGCACCAAGCCGGCACCGCCUUUUUACAGCCUGCAGAUCGCCUCUUCAUCAGCGUGAGCAAUGUCAGCGCCAUGGAGAUGGACGGGAGGGCGAGCUACUUCGGGGCUUUUCUUGUUGGCUAAAAAGAAGAUAAUCUAAGAAGAUCUGAUUGGGAUUACUUGAUACAGAAAUCAACAGAGGUUAACCCAAGUGUCAAGGGUUUGCUCGAGUUUCUGAGCAGCUGUCUCAGGGUUCAGUUUUGGUUGAGGAGGGUGAACAGCACAAGGGGCUGUUUCUGGAGCGUGGCGAUGAAGGGUACAGACUCACAGGGGGCUCUAAACGGCACAGCAGGAGAGCCAUUGUGUGUGUUUGUAAUUAAACCUCAGACAGGCGACCAACUUUGCUCUUGGACUGUGACAGAGCAAACAUGGACUGAGGGUACAGGGCGUUCAGAGCUGUACAGGGGUCGCAGAAGUGCUCUGAUAUGUGAAUGACUGCUGUUGAGAGCAGAGAGAUGACGAACUGGCUGCAGGUCAAACUAGUUCUGUUGGGCACAUGACACUUAAAUAUAAAGAAUGCCGCAAGGCAAGAUUGUAGAUAUUCAAUACCAUGAAUGAAGCUUAUUUUUGAGCACAUAACCUGUGGCUGGAUUGCGUCUUUGUGUUAUGUCUUGAAUGUGCCGUGAGACAAAUGUGCUGCAUCCUAAAUAAACAAGAAGCACUAAUGUCGUUUGAAUGGAUCAAGUGUUUUCUGACACAUUUACACAAAUCUGUCAAUGGACACCAAUUUUUCCUUUUGAAAUUGAUGUUAGUUAUAAAUGUCAGGAACAAAUGUCAAUGGACACCAAUUUUUCCCUUUUAAAUUGAUAUUAGUAACUAAUUUCGGGAACAAAUGUCAAUGGACACCAAUUUUUCCUUUUGAAAUUGAUCUUAGUAACAAAUUUCAGGAAUAAAUAUCAAUGGACACCAAUUUUUCCUUUUGAAAUUGAUGUUGGUAGCCAAUGUCAGGAACAAAUGUCAAUGGACACCAAUUUUUCCUUUUAAAAUUGGUGUUAGUAACAAAUGUCAGGAACAAAUGUCAACGGACACCAAUUUUUCCUUUUGAAAUUGAUGUUAGUAAUGAAUGUCAGGAACAAAUGUCAAUGGACACCAAUUUUUCCUUUUGAAAUUGAUCUUAGUAACAAAUUUCAGGAACAAAUGUCAAUGGACACCAAUUUUUCCUUUUAAAAUUGAUGUUGGUAACAAAUGUCAGGAACAAAUGUCAAUGGACACCAAUUUUUCCCUUUUAAAUUGAUAUUAGUAACUAAUUUCGGGAACAAAUGUCAAUGGACACCAAUUUUUCCUUUUGAAAUUGAUCUUAGUAACAAAUUUCAGGAGUAAAUAUCAAUGGACACCAAUUUUUCCUUUUGAAAUUGAUGUUGGUAGCCAAUGUCAGGAACAAAUGUCAAUGGACACCAAUUUUUCCUUUUAAAAUUGGUGUUAGUAACAAAUGUCAGGAACAAAUGUCAACGGACACCAAUUUUUCCUUUUGAAAUUGAUGUUAGUAAUGAAUGUCAGGAACAAAUGUCAAUAGACACCAAUUUUUUUUUUUGAAAUUGAUCUUAGUAACAAAUUUCAGGAACAAAUGUCAAUUGAAAACCAACUUUUCCUUUUAAAAUUGAUGUUGGUAACAAAUGCCAGGAACAAAUGUCAAUGGACACCAAUUUUUCCUUUUAAAAUUGAUGUUAGUAACAAAUGUUAGGAACAAAUGUCAAUGGACACUAAUUUUUCCUUUUGAAAUUGAUGUUAGUAACUAAUUUCAGGAACAAAUGUCAAUGGACACCAAUUUUUCCUUUUGAAAUUGAUCUUAGUAACUAAUUUCAGAAACAGAUGUCAAUGGACACCAAUUUUUCCUUUUGAAAUUGAUGUUAGUAACAAAUGUCAGGAACAAAUGUCAAUGGACACCAAUUUUUCCUUUUGAAAUUGAUGUUAGUAACAAAUGUCAGGAGUUGAGACGAGGACAUGUGACUCUUGGGUUGCAUACUCUUUCUUGGAAACCACUCUUGAGUUGUAAAAGUAACCCCCAUCCUGCAUGCUCCACCGCCCAGAGUCUCCUUUGUCUCAUUUCUCAUUUCAUGAUGAGUUAAAUGCAGGUUGAGCUCACAAACAGUAUGUUUGUGGAGAAUUUAGGACUGACAGACAUUACUGCAUCUACAGCUGUUUUUUAGUAAAUAAUGUCUCCAGCAUAUGUCUGCAAUCCUGUGACCAAGUUGAAAAAGUGCAUUCAAAUCUACACAGAAAAACACAGCACUGAAAAAGUAAAAAACUAUCAUUUAAUUCAUGUUGUAUUACAUGUUUCCAUAUUAUGGCAGUGAAUGUUUCAGCAAUAAUAAGAGUCACUCCUCAAAUAAGAGUUUUUACAUUAAAAAAAAAAAUACCAAAAACUAACCAGGGUUCAAGUAAUGCCCAAAAGAAAUACAUUUUGAAACAAACAUACAGACACACACAGGAGCAGGAAGAUAGAUCAUAUCUGCUGAUCUGACUGUAAUCCACCUGCUGCUUCUGGUCAAAUGAGUGGAGAACCAAGGUGUUUGUUUGGUCUGCCUGAGUCCUCUCUCUCUAUUUCUCUCUCUUUUUUCUGCUUCAGUCUCUUUUUUUUUUUGGUCGCCAUGACUGGAUUGACAAACAUGUUGUAGUUACAGCUGAGACGGUAAACACAAACACGGACAACACAAAGCCUCUUGGGAUAUAGCUGGGCUUCAAGGUGCUUGAACCAAAACACAGAAAGACAGCGGUACCAAACACUUGGUAUCAAAAAUAGUCUCUGAGUUGGUCUCUAAUCAGUCAGGACACUACAACAAGGGGAGGGGACGCACACACGGGGGGAUAUUUUGUCUCGUUAAUGACAACCUAUGGCUUCAGUUUAUCUAAACACAGUCAUGUGCAAUCUCUUAAUCAAGACAUAACAGUGUAAUAUAAUAGAAGACAGUCAGUUAUAGAUUAUAUAAAUGGUAAUGCUGUAAACAACGGUGUGUGUGUGCACAAGAGCUGGGAGGCCCCUUGUUGGUGCUCCUAUUGCUAUGGUAACCAAGAAUGGUUUUUAAGUUGUAAAUUGGCCAAUCAAUCAGACUAAGUGCUUACAACCCUUCACACACCCCCUCACUGACAUUACAGUAAAUCUCAGCAGGCGCAUGCAUACUCACACUCACACACACACACACACUCUCUCUCUCACACACUCUCGCACACUGAAACCGUGGAGCCAGCCAAGUGCUUUGACAUUACCUCGCUGCCUGUACAAUGCCUGCAUCAGUCAUGUUCAUUAAGACAAAUUCAUUGUUAAUCCGACAGUACUUGGAUUGAGUGAGUUCACGAGAUAGAAAAAGGCAAACAGUCGUGUGAAACAGAAGUUCUCCGUAGAUUAGUCACGAGAUUCAUUCACUAUUAAGGUGUGAACACAUACACGGUUAAGGGUUAGUGAGGGUCGUCCUAAUACAGAUUAUGCAUCUCUUAAACAUAUAUGAAGCAACACUCAAACAUGGAAUAUGCUGUGACAUGGUGACUGAGAUCUGAUGAUGCUGUUUUCGUCGUUGUUACGCACUGAAAAAUCACACACUAGCAAAAUCUAUAAUUGUGUGUAGACGCUGACAAACACAAAAAUGGGUAUGAGUGCCUAUUGCCUCUUCAAACAUGUCUGUGAUUUAGUGAACAAAAGCACCUCUGAAAUACAGAACCGAGUAUAAGUGUUUAACUACAGGCAGGCAACAAUACACACCGGCACACAGGCACAAUACAGGAGGCUUUGGCACACCCAUGCUAGUCUUACUACUCAGCAUUUUCCAACAAAGAAGAAGAGCAGGUUACAGGACAGGACAGACCCAUAGCUGCCGUAGAAAGCCUCCCAAUUUUAAAGGGGAGGAGGGGUUUUAGGUUGUCUGACAGACACACUGAUCAGCUGUCACAUUCAAUCAGCAAAGAGCUGUCUCUAACGAGUCCCAGGCUCUCAUCCAAUCAGCAGCUCCAGACUGUCUUCAUAGUUGGGUUCUUGAGGGGGGCUGGGGGACAGGAAGGCCGUGGUAACAGGGGUCCCUGUUGCGGUGGCGACGUUGAGGAGGGUGUUAGCGCGGAUGCUGGUGGUCGCCGGGUUGCGGAGCGCGGCGGCGGCAGUGAUGCUGGUGAGGUUAAUGCCGAGGGUGAGGCGCGUCUGCUCCAAGGCUUUCUCCGGCACGGCGAAGGCCUCGAGCUUCUUCUCGCCGUUUGCCAUGUAGGAGUUCUGGCAGCCUCGGCAGAUGCAGUCCAAGCACGCCUGAGACAGAAUAUAGACAAGGACAUUCAGCCAAAGACCAGAAACUAUGAGAAAGUUGUGGAUAACUUAAGCCUUUCAUAGUUUCUCCUUCAAAAAUAUGGUUAGAAACAUGAAAACAUCAAAUAACAUUUAAAAACACACUGUUGUCAGAUUUAUGAGAAAACUUUGUCAUGUUAGACUCAAACUGACAUCCUGAGGGCUCAUAUAAGACAAAAAUGUUACUUUCAUUGAUCAAAACUGAUAAAAAAAUAUCCUUUGGUUAUAGUUUCACCUUGCGGUUUGAGUAGCAGGGACAGCGCUGCCCCCUACAGGUCAGCACAGAUGGGUUCUGGGUGGCCCUGCCACACUUGCAGCCUUUCUUCUCCACAGGCUUCUUAUACGGGGGUCUGACAGGAGCUGGAGGCACCAGGCAGCCUGACAUCAACCGCUGAUCUUUGUUUCCGUCCUUCGUCUUAGGGCCUCCGCCGCUGCGCGCCUUAGCGUGGGGCUUCUUCGGGCCCGGGUCGACGUGCUUCCUGGCGCCUUUGUUGUGGUUGGGAGCCGGGCGGUUGGGUUUUGGAGGCGCCCCGUUGGAAAGGGAUGAGUACGUGUGAGCUGGUACAGUUAAGGAGGGCGUAGGCGGGUGCGUGUGAAGCGUCUGGGAGGGAUGUGGAGUGUGUAAGUGUGAGGAGGAGCCCUGCAGGAUGGAGGAGAUAGGGAGGGGUUUGACUUUCUCCCUGUCGCUCUCUGAACGUGAUCGUUUUCGUUUAAGGCGGACUGGCGGGGGCUUGGAUGAGGGAGGGGGAUCGAAGGAGGAUGUGUGGAUGUGAGCACCAUGACUUGCCACUGUGUUAGUCCUGUCUGUUCGAAGCUGUGUGUAGUUGUGAGCUGCAUCUAGCUGUAUGUACAUUUGAGUGUGUGCUCUGUCCGUGGUUAUGUGUGUGUGAGUGUGCGUUCUUUCUGGCUGUGAAUGAGGAGAAUCUCGACCGGGCUGAAGGGGAUCCAAUGUCUGUAACACCUCCUCCACACUGAGAAGCAACACCUCCCCCUCCUCCAGCUCCCUGCUGCUUGAUUCCCCAUCCCUGAGUGAGCACACAGUGCCUGCAGUCGGGGCUAAUGGCCCCGUGGUCAGACUCAGCUCCAGACCACCACAGCCAGUUUCAGACACAGACAGGCCUGCCUGUGGCUGCUCUUCUACCAGCUCACACACUUCCAACUCAGGGGAUGAGGGAUCCAGAUCCUCCAGAACUUCUCCAUUACAUUCCUGAGGUCCAUUGGAACAAGGAGGGUCGGAGGAGGAGCUCUGAGGGACAGCUGAGAGCUCUGCAGGAGCAGGCGGUGCCUCCGUGGGCGUUAGGGAGUCAGGAGCAGCGGGCUUCACAUCCUCCUGUGCUAGGCAAAGGUCCUCUGCCUCUACCUCCUCCUCAUGUGACAUUAGCACCUCCUCUAGCAAGGCCAUAAUCUCAGGGGACCCUCCUACGUGGCUGCUGAUCAGCUGCAGCAGCGGUGAAUGAGUCACAUAGAGGCAGAGCUUCCUGUAGCAUUGCACCAGCAAAGAGAGUUGUUUGUUCUCCUGGAAGCAGGAAUAGUCUUUACAGCGGCUGCACGAUAGCCUCAUCCGCAUCUUCUGGCCUUUACAGCCCAAACAGACACAAUGCUGACACUCUGGAUGUGUGGGAGAUAUGGGAUCUUGAAGUAGUUUACCUGAGAGACGGAAUAAUAAUGAAGAGAUAGUAAAUAAAAGGAGCAGUAAAUAUAUGUUUAUAUAUUAGGGGUGCACCGAUCACAAUUUUCUGGCCAGUCACCGAUCUUUACAUAGCUUGAUUUUGGACGAUACCAAUUUUUUUAAUAACUGACAAGAUACAACUCUGAAUGAAAAAAAUUGAACAAUCCCGGUGAAACAAUACAAACUUUAUGUGUUUGUUCUAACUGCACAUAAAAUAAUAAUCUACAGGACAAGCUAACAACACAACUUAAACCACCAGUAAACUGUCCUGAGAUUUAGGUUUCCUUUUAGUGAGUUCAACAUGCUCCUGAUGACUAUGUUGUGAGGGGCGGGCCUGUCAUUUUGGCAAAGCAAAAAGCUACAAUGGCUGACUUUCGAACCUUUGCUGAGGUAGAUAUGAUCUGUGGAUAAAAUUGGUUUCAUAUGUAAGGAUAAGCCGAUCACUCAUAUCCCAAAAUUAAGGAAAUCGGCGCUGGUGCAAGUUUAAUAUGUGUAUAUAUAUACACACACACUACAGGCCAAAAGUUUGGAAGCAAGAUCAGAUUUGUACAAAAAAAACACUAUAGUUUUGUGUUUUUAAGGUAUGUUCCAGGGAUUGCAUUUCAAGCUUUUUUAAGUUCAUUAAAAAGAGACUGCUGAUUUGUGGGACACAUUUUUCUGACCGAUCGAUCCAAUUCAUCCCACACAAGCUCUAUUGGAGAAAGGUCUGGAGACUGAGGGGGCCAAACCGUCUUUUGAAGAACACCUUCCUCUGCUUUUUUUGUCUAGGUAACCCUGACAGAGCUUGGCAGAGUGCUUAGGGUCAUUGUCUUGCUGCAAAACAAACUCAUGACCCACAAGUCUGAGUCCAGGUGGAACAGCAUGGUGCUGGAGGAUGGAGUGCCGGAGCAUUGCAAAAUGUAGUGACCAUCCGAUGGUCACUCACAUUGCGUCAUGCCAUGUAGUGUCUGAAACCUCUGGUGACUGAGAUCACUACAUAGUCAGCUUUAUAGUGAAAUCCCAAAUGGGGGUUAGGGGUUGAGUGAUUCAUUUCGGACAAAGCCAUUGAAAGACAGCGAAAGAGCCAGACUGAAAAUGCUUAAUCUGAUGAUCAUCAAACUAGAACUGCAUUGCGAGAGAAAAGACAGAAAUCUCAGCAAAUAUGUACAUAGGUAAAUGGUUGAAAUUCUGUAUAAUUCGCUGCUUUUUACAGCAGCUGUAGGAUUACACUCCUUCUUUUAUUUAAUGUAAGUGUUGACCAGAGAGUCAUCAAUAAAUACUGAUUCAUGAGAUUUUUCUUUUAUGUCAGUGUUUGUCUUUCUUUCCAACCAAACAGCCCCAGUUUGAACAAACAUAACACCCUCCAAGACUUGUCUCUAUGACCCUUUGCCUGUGUGCAAACUGCAUGAAUACACACAUUAUACCAUAAGCAUCAUUACAGAAUUAGCAGGAACUAGAAUGACUGUCACACGUUCAGUCAAAACUGCCAAUGACCCACUGUUGAUGUUUUACCAGCUCUGCCGUGUUAGCAAAUAAGGCAUGAAUAGGAAACACAUGGCGCUGCAACAGCAGACAACACAGAGGAGUCAUCUGUCUUGACAAGAGGACAGAUGACUGGGGCACAGCCUCGGUUGCUAAGGAGACCAAGGUGGCGAGUGAGUGAGUGAGCACGACGAAUUGUGUCAACUGCUGCAAGCGAGCGCACGCCCACGGACAUUUCAGUCACUAUGAAUUAUGGAAAUAAAAAGAUAAUUUCCCACUAUAACAUCUUGCAUCACAGUGAAAGCUUUAGUUAACACUUUAAGGGAUGCUUACCGCAGACAAGGCAUGCGAGGGACUGUCUGAAGUAGGGUAGCAGCGUGUACAUGUCUGUGAAGGUGUUGGGCUGCCGCGGGUCACACUGCAGCACGGCCCGGCUUGCAGACACGUACAGGGUGGUCGCAUUAAUAGAGUUCAUAGCGGUGUGAACACGGCCCGGGGAAAUGAUCCAACCAAUCGAGAUAACCACAAAUAUUAAACCUGUCUGGUGGAGCAACACUCAGCCCCUCCGGUCCUUCUUCUUCUUCAGUGCAGACAAUAAUUCACUCCGAUCAUGGCUAAACGCGCACACUAGCUCCACAGGCUAAUGUUAGCAUUACCGGUGAGGAGUCGUUCCUUAUUAAAACUGACUUUAAAGCGCACGAUUCAAGUUUAUACUAAUCGGGAUCAAUUGUAAUAACUCACAUUAUCCCCAGCACCACUUAUCAGCUCACACUGAGUCUACAGAUCCAAAGAGCCAUGAUCAAAAGAUUAGCAUUUAGUAGCAGACGCUAGCUAACGGUAUCAUCCAAACCUUUGACUCGAGAAAUGGUCGAGGUUCGCCAUGGAGCCCAUUUACUAUCCAAGAAUGUCUCUUCGUCGGUGUUUAAUUAAAAGGGGCGCUCAUCGGGUCUUAAAUUCGUUUGAUUAGCCUCCAGACUCCAGGCGCGCACUUGAUGUAAACAAAGCUAACCAGCAGCUCGGGUUAGCUAAAUUAGCUAGCGAGAAUUCAACCCCCCAGGGCCGCCUUAUACCCCACGCGAAGGAGGGAAGUGCAGGCAGUAAACUGUAAAUCUGCAAUUUCGGUAGGUUUUCCUAUGAUAAUUGGCGAGCAGUGAUCGAAACAUAGCUAACUAUCCGUUUUUACAAAUGCAUCAAUCAGUCGAUUUUCCACUUUUCCUCGCAUCGACCCCUCUCGACAAGCGUGAUCAUCACGCGAGACUAUCAGCAGUUACCGUGGUUACCGCGGAGCGACUCUUUAUUUUGCACAGCACAGCGCCUUCCCCGGGCUCCAGAGCCGGCCCAAGCCU